AUGGCGGUCUAUUGGUCCAGACACAUCCAAUAUGAUGCUCCCUCCAUGAUUUUGGGUUGGAGAGGCAUCGGUGAUGAAGCAUUACUUCAUCAGCUAUAAGGGAAUCAGUUUGCAGCAUCUCAGAAGGCUAAGUUUAUCGAAGUCUCUGCGGUGUUGGAUCAUAAAAUACUUGAACUGCUUCUCACCAUUAUCACGCACCUUCGAGAGCUGGAGGAGGCCAAAGCACAACGGCCCAAGCGACCACCGACAAAUGAACUCUGGGGCACAAGUAGAAAGAUUGCUGUCAAAAUGGUCGCCAGUGGAAGUGGCGGCUCCAGCGGUGAUGGGGGUGGUGGUAGUGGUGGUGGUAUUGGUGGCAUUGGUGGAGGUGGUGGAGGCGGUGUAAGCAGUAGUUGUGGUCAAGGAGGCGAACCCGGUGGUGACAACUGGUCUCGGCCCAGUAAAAAGCCUGCCAAAAAGGAGAUUAUCAAAUUCUUCAAGAGACACUUCUCUAAGUCCACUGUUGAAGACGCCAUGUGUGGCAGAGAGGCGAUUGGGGAUAAUUAG